UCACAUUAGAAAAAUACAAAAAAGGAAAACUAUAAUGGCUUUCCAAAAAGAGUACCUUGAUUUGUUCUUGGUACCAAGUGGUCUAAUUAUUAUGUUUGGUUAUCAUCUCUACUUGCUUUAUAGAUACCUAAAAGUUCCUCAUACUACUGUUAUGGGGUUUGAAAAUAAUGAUAAAAGAGCUUGGGUUGAAAAAAUUAUGUUGGAUGAUAAAAAGAACAUUGAUACAGCUCUAACUGUUCUAGGAUCUAGUCUAAAUGGAGCAACAUUCUUGGCAUCUAUUUCACUAAGUUUAAGUUUUCUCAUUGGAGCUUGGAUGGCUAACAAUAGUGUUUUCAGUAGUGAACUAAUAUAUGGUGAUACAAGAUUAGAAACAAUGUCAAUCAAAUU